ACACACACACACACACACACUCACUCACUCACUCACUCACUCACUCACUCACACACAGCGCAGAAUGAGGCUGGCUGAAGAUGAACACACCCAUUUUUGCCGGCAUGAGCCGGAAGUGUACCGCUGAACUACCCCCGGAGGAGGGGAUGGAAGUGGACUGUCAGCCAGAGGAACUGUCGAGGUCCUCGUACGAAGAGCGCUGUGCUGAUCUCGGGGGAGUUAAAGACAUGAGGCUGGAGGCUGAAGCUGUGGUAAACGACGUGCUCUUCGCUGUGACGGACAUGCAUGUGUCUCAAACUCUGUCCAACGGUCUGGACGUGGCUUACAUAAACGUGGAGACCAGAGAAGGAAACCGCUACUGCCUUGAGCUCACCGAGGCGGGGUUAAGGGUGGUGGGCUACUCCUUUGAUCAGGUGGAUGAGGAUCUGAGCAACCAGUAUCAUGAGACUGUUUACUCUCUUCUGGACUCCCUCAGCCCUGGCUACAGAGAAGCCUUUGGAAACGCUCUGCUUCAUCGACUGGAAAGGCUCCAACAGAACGGACAGUGACGAAUUCAGCACCAAACCUGGAGUUUGGCUUAAGAGUAUCUGUGCUAGCUAAUGGUUACAUGCUGCAGUUCCGUACAACAGUUAGCUUAAAGCAUCAGUGGUAUCCUUUCCUAUCAGUGAGACCUUAUUGCCUGAUUUUACUUCUGUGUUUUAACACAUGAUGGUCAUAUACGUAUUAGCUGUACAUUUACUUUGAUGAUGCUUUUAUUAUGUUUUAGGGGAUGUGGUGUAAGAUAUCAAGACUAGGGUCUAGAUCAAGACUGACAUGAUUGGCCAGAAACCCUGGUCUGCAGUUAUUUCAAGUAUUAAACAUUAUUCAAUAUCACCUGAUCAGCUAAUAUUAUGUCUACUAAAUAGAUGGGCCAAAGUAUGUUACUGCUGGUUGUUCAAUUAUUUUUGACUAAAUUGGACCUAAGCAUGAUUUUACUAACAAAGAGAUUCCUUGGGUUCUUUAAUGUGAUUAUUUAGAAUUAUCUGUUAAACUGGCCUUCAGACUAGCAGCUGUCUGGAAAUGUAUUUUGAUCAAACUUUUAUUUAGAAAGAUUCAGCUUGUACAUCCAUUUCUCCAUUCAGCUGCAUUUCAUACCAUGAGAAAUUCAUGUUGGUUCAAGCUAUUUGAUUUACCUUUGUCCAUGUUUAUCAAAUAUACUUUUAAACAAAGCAAUGUUAAGAAUCACAGUUCUCUGGAACUAAAGCAGGAGAUGUUGGAAAUGUUUGUUUGAAUUUUACUGAGUAUGGCAGUACAAUGACAUGUCUAUUAUUUCACCACUUUUAUAUAAUAUACUUUUGAUUGGCGUUUUGAUAUAUUUGUAGAUUUUCUUUCAACCAUUACAAAUUAGACUCAGUUUCUUCUGUAUUCCCUUUGUAGAACAAUCUUUUAUGGAGACAGGCUUUUAACCUGCACACAGACCUUUGCGCUGAACUAUGUGUUCUGUAUGUUGCACAGAGUCACACUUAAGGGAAGAGAGUAGCCAUUAACUGUGAUGUUCACAAGGGCUACUGAAACAUACACAUGGUUACAUUCCAUAUUUUCUUUUCUUUAAAGUUUGAGCUUUAUAUAAGGGGGAGAAAAACGAACAUGACAUUUGGUGUAAAUGCAUAAACAUGAAAGGAUUUUCCUUGUGUUUUUAUGAGCUUGUUGAAAUUCAACCUGCAUUUGUAACAGUUUCGUAUUGCAUACAGCUUUUGAGGCAGAUGAUAAUGUGCUGUUUUGUCUGCAUAAGACCGGUCAACUGACUGACACUCAGCAUCUCUGCAAAUCCUCACGAAACCAAAUAAACCCAUCUGGGACAUGCCUCUAAUUAUUUUAGGGAGUUUGUUCAGAAACCCUGGAUGAGAAUAGUGGUAAUGACAAGUUAUGUUGUCUUUUGAAUGGUUGCUUACUAAUGUUUCCAUUUAAUAAAAGCACACAUAAUUAUUUUUUCCUUUUGUCAUGUUCUGGAUCCAUUUUCAUGCCUUAGAAACAUACCUGUAGCCCUGAACUUAAGAUGCAUCUAACCAGCCACUGCCCCAACACUAGAUUCCUAAAUGUGAUUUCACCUAUACCACAUUUGCAAAACAGUGCAGUGUAGAUCACAGCGUGGAGGGACAUACACUGACUUUAUUGGUUUGUGUCAUGGGUAAAAUCUCAUGUAACCCAUUUGCUUUACUGAGAUUUAUAAGUGAUGAACUUUAGCACAACAUUAUAUGUUUAUAUGGGUCAAAGUUGAACACUAAUGUAUGAAUCUUUAUUACACAGACUCACUUUUAAAAGGAAGUAUUGUAAUAUUUUUCCACCCUUGGUGUGAUUUGUGUAGGCAGUUGUGAUUACAAUAAUUGCACAUGGACUGCACAAGACCCACGAGGAGAUGAGCUUGGUUUGUCCCUAACUCUGGUGAGGUUUGCUUGUGUUGUGAACAUGAUCUGACAUCAAUCUGACCCAACUAUCAGGUGGACUUCAUAAGUUGGAGUCAAAAAUACAUCCUGAGGAUGCAGUUUAAUAUGGUAUAUCGUCCAGAUAAUUACUACAGCUAUGAACAAAUGCAAUCUCUGUUGCUUCAUGUAAAACAUGAAAAAAAAUCUAGUGCAGAACAUCACAUUCUUCCAGUAUUUAUUUUCUUUCCGCAGGCAGAGAAAUAUUACCAAUAAGCAGAGAGAACAUUUUUUCAGAAACAAGAGGAAAAAGUUGACAUGCAGGUUAAGUGAGUCAGAGCAGAACAAAUGAAAAGGUGUGCAAAUAACCUAGUAAUUCAUUUUAAUUUACCUUUAUUAGGACAAUCAAAAGCAUCUGCACUUAAUCAUAAUAAUCUUUUACCUAAAUAAUGUCCAUACUGUAUAUCCGAAGCACCAGAAUCAAGUGGAUUUAAAAUACUUCAUCCUCGAAUGCUUUAAAAAAAAAAAAAAAAGUCUGGACUUUAACCCCUACCAGAGCCCAAGAGAACACACAGAGCUGGCUGAAUUUUGAUUACUUAAAAGUUUUUUAUUUCAGAUCAUUUCAGGUACAGUGUUUAAAAUAUGAAUCUUUACAUGAGAUGCAGUUUUAAGAAAAUUAAAAGUUAAGCAUUAAAUCGAUGUAUAUAUUAUAAAAGUUUAGAAAACCGAUGACCACAAUCUGGCCACACAGCAGCCAAUGAAAGGUGGUUAUAAUCAACACUGAACAUGACACCAAGUCACAGUAUCUCACUCAGAUGAUCACAGAUACCUUUUUUU